GUCAUACAUGUCCUCCUUUUCUCUCUUUAUCUUGACGUUGUAGUGACUCGAGAUUGGGUCCUUAUAUACAGCGGUCUAUCCAGUCGGCGACUUGUCCUCACCGACUUCACUUGACUCUACCCCCCACACGUUCCCUCCUCCUACCACCAUGUCUCGCCUCGCCGCGCCCCUGCGCGCAUCGUCCCGCGCACUCGGCGCUUCCUCAAAAGUCGUUGCCUCUUCUACUUCGCGCGCCCUCCUCCGUCCCGCUGCAAGGAAUGCGACCCGCGCGCUCAGCACGACCCCUGCGAGGAGAGGUGCCGCGCCGGACCCCAUGACCGGCGAGCUGUUCACGCUCCCGGAUAUCAACCCCAACAACCUGGUGAUCAAGAAGAACCCGAACCCGAAGGCGCCCCCUCCGUCGAAUCAGCUCGCGUUCGGCCACACUUUUACUGACCAUAUGUUGACGGUCCCCUGGGACGCUACCAAGGGCUGGGGCACGCCGACGAUCGAGCCUUAUGGCCCCUUCCACCUCGAGCCCUCCUCUACCGUGCUUCACUACGCGCAGACGCUCUUCGAGGGCAUGAAGGCGUACCGGGAUGACAACGGCAAGGUCACGCUCUUCCGUCCGGACAUGAACAUGAAGCGGAUGAACAACAGCGCGCAGAGGUUGGCGCUGCCGACUUUCAGCGGCGACGCCGUUCUCGAGCUCAUCAAGAAGCUCGUUGCGCUUGACAAGCACUGGAUCCCACAGGAGCCAGGCCACAGCUUGUACAUACGCCCUACUCUGAUUGGCAACCAAAAGUCCAUCGGCGUCGGUCCCCCGAACGAGGCUCUCCUCUUCGUCAUCUGCAGUCCCGUUGGUCCGUACUAUGCACAGGGCUUCAAGCCCGUAGCCCUCUACGGCACCACGGAGUUCUCGCGCGCGUACCCGGGAGGUACCGGCGCGUACAAGCUCGGCGCCAACUACGCCCCAGGCGUCCUCGCUCAGAAGUUCGCCGCGACAAAGGGCUACGCGCAGAACUUGUGGUUGUUCGGCGAGGAGAACUACCUGACGGAGGUCGGGACGAUGAACUUGUUCGUGGUACUGAAGAAGCCUGAUGGCACCACCGAACUCGUCACCCCGCCCCUCGACGGCAUGAUCCUCCCCGGCGUGACGCGCGACUCCGUGCUCGCGCUCGCCCGCGAGCACGUCGCUGGCCAGAAGAUCCCCGACCUCCCGGACAACCUCGUCGUGUCUGAGCGCCCGAUCAAGAUGGCGGAGGUGCAGCAGGCGGCGAGGGACGGGACGCUUGUGGAAAUGUUUGGUGCGGGUACCGCCGCAGUCAUUAGCCCCGUGAACAAGGUCGGCUUCAAGGGCGAGGACAUCCACAUCCCGACCGGCGAGGACGGCAUGGGCCCGCUCUCGCGCCCGAUCUGGAAGCACCUCACCGGCAUCCAGCGCGGCGCGAUCCCGAGCUUGUGGUCGGUGGAGGUCGCGUGAGGAAGUCGUUCGCUAAAAGGACGCUCUCGCGAAAAUAUAAGACGAUUUGCUGUAUCUAGGGGUAUGUGGAACAGGACUUGGUUUUGCUUAAGUGCAUGUGCGUGCGGACGAAGCACAAGACAAGACCGUUCUCUACGCAAAUUAUAGUGUACGA